AUGGGCUCGGGCCAGUUCGAUAAGGCCGGCAUUCUCGCCGCUGACUUCUCCGGCCUCGAGGCUCAGUCCCCCGGUUUCACGCUCUCCCAGGAUGACAUCAACUCCCUGGCCGCCGCCUUCACCUCCGCCGACAACGCCUUCGCCAGCGGCUUCUCCAUCGGCGGCGAGAAGUUCGUCUGCAUCAAGGCUGACGAGCGCAGUCUAUACGGCAAGAAGCUAACUGACCCCGAAUCCGAUAUACUGCAGGGCAAGGAGGGCGCCAUCGUUGUCCGUGCCUCCGCUUGCACCAUGAUCGCUCACCACGGUGAGAGCGUCCAGACCACCAACGCCGCCACCGUCGUCGAGAAGCUGGUCGACUACAUCAACAACCCCCAAUAA